CGGGCUAGUGCGCAGGAGGUGGUCUCCAGCUGUCUAAACAUAAUACGUACGUAGGCCAUGGAGGAACCAGCGCACCGCUAUUCCGUACGCUACCGGUGCUCUUAAAACCCACGACGUGCUUUAAGAUUCCUCGGUGUAGCAGGCGGAGUAGCAGGACCAGAACGUUAGCAAGCUGGCCGUAUGGGUGAGUACGGGCUUCCGCGCCAUGCAGAGUGAGUUAGGGUUGGACACGAUGGGGGACUUGCACGGGGGUUCCCACAGCACGGAACAAGUGCAGUCAGGUGAACUGCUGAGCGGUCAUAGUCCGCAUAAUGAGGUGUCCGUCAGCCGGCCGCUCAGUCUGUCGAACAGCUUAUCGGGACUGGUCGAUCCAGACUACCGACCGCCCAGUCUGCAGGACCCGACCUUCCAGCCGGUCCCGCCGCACCCCAGCAUCAGCCCGGUGCCGAUCUGCGAAGUGAACAUGGCCAGCUCCGCGGCCGGUCUGCCGUCCUACACCUCCUCGAGUUUCACGACUUUGACGCCCCUGCAGCCCUUGCCUCCCAUCUCCACCGUGACGGGGGACAAGUACCGCACCAAUGUCAGCGGGUCUUUCACCCUCAUGCACCACCACCAUCACCAGCCGCCGCCGCCGCCCAACCUACACAUGAACCACAUGCAGACGCCCUACGACAAGAUGCCAGGCAUGGGACAGAGCCUCUCCCCGGUCUCCAACCCCAUGAUGGCCAACGGGCUCGGCGGGAUGCAACACACGGGGCACCUCCAGCAAGCCAUCCCCCCUUACGGACACUCGCCCCCGAGUAACGGACUGGAACACCACGCUAAACUCAUGGGAAACGGCUACGAUCACCAGAUGCUACCUCACACCCAGCCCGUCCCCAGCCCCCCGGGGCUGCACCACCCCCACCCCCAGAACAAUCGGAUAACGCAGCUCUCCAACCCCGUCGUGACGUUCAACGGGUACGCCAACCACCACACCCCCCACCCCCAGUCCGCCUCCCCGCCCGCCUCAGCCUCGUCGCGUGACCGUAGCUCCUCCAAGACGUCUUCCACGGGAGAAGUCGAAGAGAUCAACACCAAAGAAGUCGCCCAGAGGGUGACCAGUGAACUCAAACGUUACUCCAUACCCCAGGCGGUCUUUGCGCAGAAGAUCCUCUGUCGGAGUCAAGGAACUUUAUCCGACCUCCUCCGCAACCCCAAGCCCUGGAGCAAACUCAAGUCCGGCAGAGAGACGUUUAGAAGGAUGUACAAGUGGCUAGAAGAGCCGGAAUUUCAGCGCAUGUCAGCACUACGGCUUGCAGCGUGUAAGCGGAAAGAACAAGAAGCUGCGAAGCCGCCCGAGCAGAAAGGUCCGAAGAAGCCCCGGCUAGUGUUCACUGACCUGCAGCGGCGGACGCUGCACGCCAUCUUCAAGGAGAACAAGAGGCCUUCUAAGGAGAUGCAGGCGCAGAUCGCCAAGCAGCUGGGCCUCGAUCUGAGUACCGUCUGCAACUUCUUCAUGAACGCUAGGCGGCGCUCGCAGGACAAGUGGCAGGAGGACGAAGGGAAGAGCGCGGGCUCCUCAAGCAACGGCUCCACACCGACUAGCUGUACGAAAUAGAGCCAUCUGCAAGCCUGCUCACCCCUGUUCUUUCGGAAUGGAUCAAUCCAGUUUGGUAGUUGAGCCGAACGAUGUGGAACAAGCUACUACUUGAUAAGGGGAGACCAGGCUUACAGACGUCAUUUCCAACAAAGUGUGACCCUCAAAGCCACACACCUUCCUUUUUGACAUGCAUAAUCAUGUGAUCUUCUGCGCAAGGUAUUGUGGGUGAAGACGUUAUGCAAAUGUAUGCAAAUGAGCCACCUUAACCAAUCACUGGCCAUCCUCUGCUUAUGGUGUUCAGAAGUAGCUACGGUACAAACGCGAAAAAAAUAACGAGGCAAAAGGGCAAGGCAUUCCCAUCACCUUCUUUUCCUCCUUAUUUUCUCAUCCAAUCAAGAAGUGAUUUAGAAUUUAAAAUAGCCAAUGGGUGUACAGAUAAUUUGUCUUCCAUGUUUCAUGCUGCUUGAACGGAUUUAGUAUCGCUUACGCCAUUGGCUGAAAACUCAUCAUGCUCAUUCUACGUUUGCCGACAUUUGCAUAACGACUUCACCACAAGAGCAAGUUUGACGGGAAGAAGCCAGGGAAACCUUAACGUUCCCUCGUGAACUGUGUAAUUGCUAGGGUACAUUCUAACAUGUGCCUAUACCCUGAGGCAUGACGGGAGUUUUGCCUUGAUAAUUAUGUCGAUCUAGAAUUAAGCUUUAAACUUAAGCCAAAUAUCCUAGUGCUGAGGAGGGCUCUGAGUUGGAAAAGUAGAGGUUUUUGAACCACUGAAGACAGGAUGAAAAAAAGCUAGUACACAAAACGUCAUUCCCAGGCAUGUACAGGUUUGGUAAGAAAAGCUCUCGCGAGAAAUAGUGGGGACGAGAGCAGGCCCAGAAAGCUCAAGUCACGCAAGAUAUCGCGAGAUUUCCACGACGAUACCACUCAACUUACACCCGAAGGGAACAGACCCGAUACGCCAUAUUAUCUGACACCCCUGCAUUAAUAUUGGUUCGUCCCAUCCGUAGAUUCUACCAAAAGUAACAUGGGGCGCACCAUAUAGGUGCAGGGGUGUUUUGCUAUUCUUAGAAACACAACUUCUGUUCCGCAAUCCGUUUUCCAUUUGCCACAUGACAAUCAACAGGCUUGAACCACGACAGUCAACAACUCAUCCUUCAUUAAUCCAAAUCCCAUGCAAGAAACACUUUCAAAGAUACGCCCUACUUUGCGCUAACCCAGCCGACCAAGCUUUGGAGUUCGGACGUUCCCUUAGACAGUUUGGGCAGCCUAGGUUAGCGCCACAGAUCUCCAACAUAAUUAGAACUACUACCUCAGCAAUCUCUCUACUUUGUACAACCAAACUAUACCAAAGAUUGCUUAGUAAUCGUUGUGGAAUCGUUACGUAGUCUCGUACAAUGUGCACAGAUAGUUUCCUUGCGUCUUACCAAUCAUGGCUUGGCAUAUUUUGCAAGAAAAUUUUUAGAUCAAUAAUAUGUAUUUUUUCGAUGUGUUGAUGUUGAUAUGCUGGCUAUACUUUAAAGUGGUGUGAAAUACUAAGGUGUUAUAAAUGAUGAUUUCAUGUACAUUCCAGAUGGAAAUAUGCAGGAGUCGGGCUAUACUUAACUGUUGAGUGUAAAAACUUAUAAAUCAUAUCUUGUAAAGUUAACAUUUUUGUGUAAUGGCGAACUUCGCUUUUAGUCGAUCCAAAGAGUUUGCAUCAUAUUAGCGCUUUUGGAUGACACCUAUUUUUCCGUUAGUAAGUUUUGUCCGUCCAGCUGUUUUGUCCGGAGUCAAAUUGUUUCUGGUGUUGGCAGGUCACUUCAUUGACCUUGAAAUUGCCAAAUGUGGAAAAAGAAGAACACGUCUAUGUUUUGUUGCAGAUCCAGACAGCUAGUAAGAUUUAGUUAAGAUAGACAUGGCGGGCGGCUCUGUAAUACAUUGUAUUGUACAGGUCGGUGCGAGAUCUCACGAGAACCGCACGAGAUCUCGUGAGAACGAUACGAGAUCUCGCGAGAACGCGUCCGCCAAUCGGAGUCCACAAUGCAGACUGACGGGGACCUUUUUCCAUGACUUGUGUUAUUGUGACCGUGUUUUUGUUUUUUUCAAACGUUGUUUUGACGGCCACACUGGUGUGGUUUGUCGUGAUUCGUGUUGUCAACAGCCUUGAGUUUAUACAUUACGGCACCGAUUCGAUCGGCCAUCUUGAAAAACAAAAUGGCGUACAGCGGUGCUGUACAAUACAUACCAAAGAUUUUUAAGGGAUGCAAGUGAAUGUCAACCAAAGAUAAUGCCAAAUGAUGAGAAAAAAACUGACAAUAACACACUGCACAAAGACACACCUACACACCACUCUUCCGUCUGACAAUAUACCUCAAUCAUAUCACAACAAGAAUACAAAAACCAUGCAACACAUGGAACUGCUCUGUGGAAACCUAAGUCAAAAUUUCUGUCUUCUGUGCUAUGUAAAACAGUCUGUCCGGACGAAUUCACUUGUUUCAGAGGCAGGGGUAGAAAAAUUUUCAACCAAUUUCUGAUCUUCCAUUUCAACGUCUGUAAAAACUAUGCUGUGUGAUUUCUUUGGGUUGUUGUUCUCACACCCCUCGCCUACUAGUGAGUUGGUUCCGUCCAAAGAUCUUGUAGCAUUGGUUUUGAUUGGUCGCCCGCUUCUGCACUGUCUGGAUUAUUACGUUAUUGAUUCCUUAUAUAGUAUAAUUAACUUAGCGAUUAGUGCAAUUCUUAUCAACAGGGUCAAAUGAUAUUGUUGUCGUGUCUAUUGUUAACAGAUUGUAAGUAUUGUUCACAUUUCUUCAAGUACUAGAUUGUAAUAUAUUUCCCCAAAGAUGGCCAAAGGUCUUGUUUUUGGAUGUAAUAAUUCCAGUGACACUCGUGAAUUUUGUGUUCAGAGCGAAGAAAAAAAGAUGUUUUGUUAAAACCUGUAAGUAAUGUAUACAAAAUUAUUGAGAUAAGAAAAACUAGGGUAAACUAUAGUUAGUGUCGAAUCAAUAAUAUAUUGACCAUGAAGGAAGAGUGAGGUUAGGGGAAAGAUGAUGUACAAAGACUUCAGAUUGUUGGGACAAUGAUGUGAACGAUAGAUAAGUUGAAACUAUAAGAUACGGAUGACUAUUGGUACACUGAAGAAUACAAGAAGAACGUAUACAGUAUGAUACAAAAUAUGUAAGACUAAGGCUCCAAGGUGGCAAACGUAGUUGGAUAGAAUAUGCACAUCAAAUUAUGCUUCACAGAUGGAAACAAGACAACAAAGGUUAGCACUUACAGUAUGCCUUACAAUGAUAAGUUUGCAAACAAAAAAUGUAAAUUGUAUAUAGAUAGGGGAGGGUGGAAGGUAAUGUAAAAAGUGUGCAAUACAUUGUAGAAUGAACGUUGGAAGGGUCAAAGGUCAGGGGUCGGAGGGCAAGCAAUAACCCAAAGUUACUCUUAGGUACGCAUGCACUGGCAAAAACAAUCCUUACGAGAAAAAAACAACUUUGUACUUUAUAGAUUCCACCCCGUACCUACUCACUGCGGUUACCCAUAAUUCUGUGCAAUAUAUGAGAAUGGGGUAAGGCCGCGGGGCAGGUCGGGAUCGCCUUCUUGCCAACAUGAAUGUAGCAUUACGGCUAGAGUGACCGGUAGAGGCACCUCGCUAGCUUGCUCGCAUGGCCCCUAGAGUACAGUCGCAUUUAGACGCUUGUGCAAUGCUUCUUCUAUACAUAGAGGUAGGUUAGACUUAGUAGUUUUUGCUCCCUUGUCCUUUUGGCGGCAUUCAGACCUGGCGCCGCCUGUCUGAAGACCGCAGGAGAACGCAAAGAAAAGGGACAGGAGUUUUAGUGUAGAGCUUUAAGCCGCAUAUCCCUAGUGCAAGUGCGCCCUAUGUAGGCUAUCAUCAAAUGAUAGGCUGUACAUUUUUAGGAAUAUCUGCAAUAAAUACAUUUUUCAAAA